AUGUCGUCUAUUUUACGUUUGGGAUCGACGGAACAAGUUGAAAUUCCUGGUGGACACAGGUGCGGCCAUCAGCGUGGUACCCUUCAGAACGACCACACCGCUAAGCCCACCCUGAUCAAACUACGAGCAGCGAAUGGUUCCGCGAUAGACACGUACGAGAAAAGGACCCUUACUUUGAAUAUCAGCAUGCGACGCGAUUUCACUUGGACAUUUACCGUGGCCAACGUGAAGGUACCCAUCCUCGGCGCGGAUUUCCUGGCGCAUUACGCACUGGCGGUCCAUAUGAACCCUAGGACUCUGUCCGAUACGACGACGAAUCUCCGUGUCUUAGGUGACCAUCAGACUCAGCACCACAUCAGAACCCGAGGUCCUCCCACACACUCCCAUCCGCGACGACUCGCUCCGCACAAACUGGCGUACGCCAAGGAGCAAUUCGACAAAAUGCUCAGUGAUGGCAUCAUUCGUCCUUCCGAUAGCCCUUAUGCCUCGCCACUACCAGUGCCUAAACCUGGUGGUGAAGAAUUUCGGAUAUGCGUCGACUACCGGAAAUUGAAUGCAUCGACCGUACCAGACCGAUAUCCCGCAUACCACCAGAUCCCCGUCGCUGCGGAAGACGUCCCAAAAACGGCAGUCACAACACCGUUUGGCCUAUACGAAUUUCUAAAAAUGCCGUUCGGUCUACGUAACGCUGCCCAGACCUUCCAACGACUCAUAGACGAAGUCCUGCGCGGACUUCCGCAUGUAUACGCCUAUAUCGACGACAUCUUGGUGGCCAGUACAGACGCCGAUUCUCACAGACAACACCUGCGAAGUCUUCCAGCGACUCUCGCACUACGGCCUGAAGUUGAACCUGGACAAGUUCUUCGACGCACCGACAAGCACCUUACGAUCAAGCGCGCCAAUUCGACCGACACCAUCGCAAUCGAUCGGACCAAGCCUGCUUUUCUGGAGAAGACACGCACCCAUCAGACGCAGCACCGCAGACAUCAAACGACACCCCAGCGACUCCUGUGCGGCAGACCCGAUCCGGUAGGAGGGUCACUUUCCCAAAGACCUUCGUAA